ACCACUGUCCGGACGAUCCGAUGCAAAAGCAAAUGAAUCAUCAGGAAGAGGCAGUUGAUACUCCAGGCUUGAAGAAGCUAAAUCAAUCCGCGUUGUCCGCAGUGCAAGAUCAUAUCGAAGGUUUAAUCUCGAAUUACUCAAUCCGCCUGGGUACCUCGGUUAAUUCAUCUUGCGAAGCCGAAGUAUUCUCUUCACAACUCACGUACAUACGCCCCAUUUUAAUAGCGUAAAUGUUCAUGAGGAUUUUAUUAUUCCGGAAAGGUACCUUGGCUUUUUGAUUGCAAAUUUAAGCGAGGCUUGGACUCAUUAGAUAAAAGUAUUCAUCUCGGUCCAAAAAUAUUUCUUUGUUGCUUGCUCCUUUCGUGGGUGCCCCUCUCGAUGUUUUCUUCACUUCUCGUGCUGGAACCCUCGAGUGGUUCACGAUAAUCUAUCUUCGUGUGCCGUGUAGCGUCAUGGAGAAAGAUCUCCAUAAUUCUUUAGUGAGUCAGAAACCGCAGAGAAGAAAAAAAUUGAUCGUGUCUUCAGUAACCCUUGCGCAGCCGCAGUAUUUUCAUCAUCCGUAUCGACGCUUAUCAGAAGUGAUUACGUGACAACUGUAAAUAUGGAUCGAGCGGGAUUUGCUGAGCCUCCGACUCGGGGAUCAAGGAAGAAAAUAUCCGAAUCGGCGGAAUUGCAUCCUGUGCCUCGUCCAAGGAAAACGUUUGCUUGCGAUGUCGACCCGGCUGUUUCGGCACAACGUGAUGUCCACGGGAAGCCUCGUGAAAAUUAUCACCUGCGCUAUCGCGGACCUGAUGAAACCAUGAUUCCUUCGGAAACGGCCGUCACAUCGGCGCCGUCGAUGCCGUCAUCCUCGUCAGUGCUUACUGCCGAAUGCCGACGCGUUCGACAGCGAGUGAUGUGCUAUGACGACGACGACAGUGGGGUUUACGUGGCUGAUUCGUCGCGGCAACUGACGGAAACGUCGUCGGCGACUGGGAGCAACACCAGCUCCAUCACUCGGGUACGACACUGGGCCAAGCUUCAUCAUCGACAUUUCGACGCCGUCCGCAACAGUACGGUGGAUAUGGACGAAUCCGAAGGGAUAUACGAACUUGAAUUGCUGUUCCCAUUCGUGUGCGACAGCGGAACAGUCUCGUCUCCUAUAUCGAAUAUUUUCUUGGUGCCAAGCUGCUGCAGUUACGAUUGCGGCGGAUCUGUGUCGAAUAGUCGACACGCGCAGAGUCCGUAUGUAUACGCAGUGAAUGCUGGAACGAGGCUGACGAAUGGCGAUUUCCGUCGCGUGAUUGCCGCCAGCAGAGAACCCAGAUCAACGCCUCGCCGUGUUUCGUCUCCCGUCGUCACAGUUGAAGCUAUGCAAUCUGUUUCUACGAAUAAUGACGGAAUGAGCCGCCAAGACCUGAAGCAAAUCAACUUAUCGGAAAGGGCGGAUUCGACGAAACGACAUUCCGAUUUGGCACGUUAUGGGGAUGAAGACGUGAGAGGUGUGGAGAACGAGAAGGAUCAGCGACGAGAUGUUGAAGAGAAGCGUGUCAAGUCGAUGAAUAACAAGAAUCCAGGCUUUGCGACGAGUGGCGGGAAUAAGAGGAAUGCUGUCAGUGAAACAAACGCUAAUGCUGACGGGUAUCUCGCUGCUAUUGUUCGUCCUCGUGGCAAUUAUAUCGGUCGUUCGAUUCGGAAUAUUCCGCUGCGCGAUUUGCCAGACGAUCAAUUGUUGCGGGUUAGCCGGGAUCGACGGAAUGCUCUCUACUUGUCUCGUCAUCCACCAAAUUUUUCAUGUUCGACACCGAUCCCGAGAGAUGAACUUGGAAGGGUUGAAACUCAUUUACUUCCGGACGAUGAAGACGACGACGAGGAGCUCGGCGAUGGUGUUUUCGAAGCGAGGGACAUGGAAAAAGCGGAAGCCAGGAGUUUGCUGCAAUAUCAAGAACGUCGUUCGUCUGACAGCGGAAGUUAUAAACGUGUCGUCGGAAUGCCGCCCCGUGAGCCUUUCCACGAAUCAGAUACUAUGCGAAUCGGCGGAGGAGAGAAAUCUGGAGGAGGGGAAGUUGUACCCGACGUAAUCAUCUCUAAAGCGGGCGAUUCUGAAAGAAAAGGAAAACCGCUUUCAUUGGGUGAUGGAGUCGGAGAAACUUUGGUUGCUGAAAAGGACAAGAAACCUGAGCGUGUUCCGGAUCUUGAAACGUUGGAUCACCUGACGUGCGUGGAACUCAAGCGAGUCGGCGAGGAAGACGAAUCGGAGGAAUUGGACUACCUUCGAAGCAUCGGCGUUCUGCACAAAGAAUCCACUUCACUCCGGGACAAAUUUUUGUACAAGCUCACGUUUCGCUGCCCCGGGGAUUCCACUAGUGAUGUAUCAAAACCCAAGCUUGACGAACUUCCGGAUACUUCUCACAAGCCACUUUUUUACGUCACGAGGAAACUGAAGUGCUUGUCUACAUUUGCACUGGGCACUUGCACUGCGGGUUAUCGAAUGCGCGUGUUGGACAGGCGCGGGAUUCCGCUGCUAGAGGUGCAUAAGCCAUGCAAGUUUUUGCCUCCUGGGCUUCGUCGGAUUAUUCCUGGAGGCUCGGAGGCAAAUAUAUAUUUGGCCAAGGAUGGACAGUGUGGAAAGGCUCAACUGCAAUUGUUGGGGAGGAUCAAAAGACGAUUUGGUUUCGGCAGAAUGCCUUCGUUUACUGUUGUGGAUGAAUACGGACUUGCCCAGGCUCAUAUAUGGAAGAACAACGCUGGUGACGGAUUCAAGAUUAAAUUCGUGGCUAUACCGCCAGGAAUUCAACGUCGCGGGAAUCUCUGUUCAGACACGAACGAGUACGAGUUAUCGACUAGGAUUCUAUUCACUUAUCCGACUGAGUUCCGAUCAAAACCGCUGCUGUUGGGCGCAGCCAUUUUCCUGUCACAUUAUCACCGCAUAGGACAAACUGCUGGCGGUGUCGUGGUUCAGUUUUCCGGGAUUGAUGCUUUCCGAACUAUGAACUGUUUGCAGCGUGUUAAUCAUCCUUGCGAAAUUUAUUACGAGGAAGAGAGAGAGAACACAGCUUGGGAUGGAAUUGAGCGAUGUCGGAAAAGCUGUUCUACUUUGUCUGCGUCUUGUGGGCUGCGUCAUCUGAUUUGGGCGAUGGAUGAAACGACGGAUCCGAUGUUGGUGCUGAUAAACGAGCUUCGUCAAGAAGAUGCCAAUGACCGUGUUCGGACGAUGAAGAGUAUUUCUUGUUUUGCUGUCGCGUUGGGACCGGAAAGAACACGCUCUGAGCUUGUGCCAUUUUUUGCGACGAGCCUGUACGAUGACGAUGAGGUCAUGUUCACGCUUGCGGAAGAAAUACCAUCCUUCUUUGAUCUCAUUGGGGGACAGGAUCACGUCACUUGUCUCCUUCCGGUUCUCGAAAAUAUUUGCGGGUGUGAGGAAGAGGUCGUGAGGAAUAAAGCUGCUCAGUCUCUGAAAAUACUGGCUGCGAAGCACACACAUGAUCAAUUACAAGAUGAGUUUGUUCCUCUCGUUCUUCGCCUGGCUGCGAGUGAGGACUCAUCAGCCCUCCGUGCUGCUGCUUGUAAUCUCAUCCCGGUACCUUACAAAUCUGUGACAGCAGAAGAAAGCAGAAUUGAAUUGCGCAAAAUGAUGAAACAACUGUGUCGCGAUAAUUGUAUACCAGUGCGUUGCGAAGCCGCGAAACAGCUGGGCACUUUUGCACAGUGUUUGGAGCUCAGCUUGGUGAUCUCGGAUGCCCUGUAUUCAUUGAAAAUCCUCCUGAAGGACGAUCACGAAAAGGUCCGAAUCGAAUCCAUGGAGUCGUUCAAGGUUAUUGCCAGCCUGCUUAUCAGCAGCUGUGUCAUGAGUGAAGCGGAGUUGCUUCAGUACGUUUCCGAACUGGCUGUGGAUUCUUCUUUCGGUGUCCGCUGCAGACUUUCCGAAAUCUUGCCUUCGCUCAUAACCGUCGUUGAAAGCCAGGAAUCCGUCGCGAAUCUCGUGUCGCAGUUUUGCGUGCUGAUGCGUGACAAUUGUGUCGAAGUGAGGCUCGCUGCUGCGAGUCAAGUGACGGAGUGCUGUGAGGCACUUCCUGCCGCGAGCCGAGAGGAUCUGAUGCUGAACAAGUUCCUUCCCGGGAUAGUUUUGUUGGCAGAAGAUAACAGUGAUCACGUGACGGGUGCGUUGUCGAAUGUGAUUCUGGGAAUGUUGACUUUGCUCGGGAAAGAAUUCAUGGCGAAUCACAUGUUGCCGAUUUUGCGGAUGCAGUUGCUGUGCGAAACGAAUUCGGAUGUCCGGCUGAACAUCGUUUCCAAGAUCGACGUCAUCUGCGAAGCAGUUGGAACGCACCACUUCCAAACCACGCUGCUGCCGAUCGUAAUUGAGAUGGUGAAGGACACAAAAUGGCGGAUAAGAGCCGCCAUUAUUGACUCAACUAUGUUGCUGGCGGACCAACUCGGCGCUGAUGUCUUCAACGAAAGAAUCCUGAACCUGUGUCUAAUGUGCUUAUUGGAUCCGGUUGCAAGUGUUAGGGAGAGAGCUGCAGGAAUCUUGAAGCAGAUUAUCCUGAAAUUCGGGCCUGAUUGGGCCCUAGCAAACAUUGUGCCCAAACUAACUGCCUUAGGAUGUUCUGGAAUCUACAGGGAGAAGAUGGUAUUUUUGACGGUGGUUGGAGAAGUGGCAGAAGCAUGUGGCGCCAACACUACCUCAGCAAUACUCGUUCCUCUGGUCUUGUCCUUGGCCUCUGACCAAGUGCCAAAUUUGCGCAUGGUCGUCGCAAAAACCCUGAAGCGCAUUUUCCCCGUAGUUGGGGAAGAAGUCAUGUUGACCAUGGUGAAUCCGAGUUUGCAAGUUUUGCUCAGCGAUUUGGAUCGCGACGUGAGGUUCUUCGCGUCCGAAGCGAUGGAGGCAAUUGCGGGAUUCGCUGGUGGAGAGUUUAGUUUCCGACGAGGAUCUGAUGAGGCUGAAGUCUUCGAUGCUGAGCCACAGGCCCAGUCUUCUCGUUAUUCUGCAUCGGAAGCACAAUGCCUAAGAACGCAGAAUUUCCCGCUGAUGGACGAAAGGAACAUCAACGCAAAGGCAAUCAAUGUCGGAAUAAUAUCGGGGAUCGAAGUGCCCGACACGGGGAUAAUAAUGCGAGCCGUCGACAUCGAACUUCGAUUUAUAAUGGCUGACAAAGUUUUAGCACCCUCGGACGUGGGUGAAGAGCUCUGGCUAGAAACGGGAGGUAAGGGAGAAUAUGAGCAAUCUUCAGCAGAUUUUGUGGUGUGCGAAAAUGCUUGGGGAUCUUCUGGACGUCGCGUGACUCUGGCUAGUAACAUUCCUGCUCGGGAACGGAGAACAAUCGGAACGGUUGUUGCCAAUGCGCGAGAAAUGUGCAAAUCGCCGCCAUCUCGUUUUUACCCGAUGACGCAAACAUUCGAAGCGAAUCGCACCGGGAGCAGCUCGUCUCAACGUAAACCCUCGUCGAUGUCGAUCAAAUCCUCUCACAAUCAGUCGAAAGUUCCUGGAUCCGAACAAGAUUCGACCUGGGACACGAAAGCGAGCGUUAAAACUGCAUCAGUGUCGCCAGGAUCAUCAACGAAACCCAUCUCUGGACCCUCUCGCUUCUUGAUGUCGAAGGCCGAAUUCCCGUCAUUGUCCGAGUCGUCGUCGACCACAGUGACGAAUAAAAAUCCGAUGACGAUUUUCAGGAAUGCUGCUGAAGCCUGGGGAGCAAGUGCAUCUGUGAAAAAUGUCGCUUCGACUGUUUUGGAAUCGCCUGCGGAUUCUGAGGAAAAUGACGAAGAAGGCGAUGGUUUGAAGCAAUUGACGCCCAUUCGGCUGCGGCUUUCGUCGUAUGAAGGAAUCAUGGAGGCGGCGAACUGGAAAAAAGAUGGCGGAGAGCAGGAAAACGAAGAUGAGGAUGACGAUGACGUUUUCUAUGACUGCAACAGUACUUCGCAAACCCGAGUUUUGUCUGCAUCCCAAGAAGAGUUGAUUGUUCGUUCAGCGUUUGCGGAUUUCAGAGGGAGGAAAGUGAGUUCUACUGUGAACAGCAUCGAACAGGAUUUUGCUGAAGUAUCUAGUCGCCCGAAUUCUGUUUCACAAUUGCCUAUCAGUAAUCUCACCGAAGACCAGACCAAGUUACGAUCCAUUUCCGACAGCAGCUUCUUCCUGGGCUCUUUUGUCAAUCAGAAAAAAUCUGAUAAUACGAAAUGGAAGCACGCUGAAACUGUUUCACGGCAUCUGCCAGCUGUGAAGCGGGAUGCGGAAUCUUCCGAUGAUGGCGCAAGUUUCGAAGCGUCGAGUGACCCGUUGUCGAAGAGACAUCAGCAGAAGCUUGGAUUUGAAACCCCUGUUCAAGGUACACCUUUCCUACGACAACGGCAGUAUCAAAACAAUGGGGCAUUCUUGCCAGUGAGUGGUCUUGGUGUUAGAAGUGGUCCGCAUUAUUUGCCUCAUCCGGAUUCGUCCGUUGCGCGUCUGAGGAAUUACGUACCUCCGUGGACUUCGCAAAACAAUUCGUCUCCAGAUGUUCUGCAACGAAGAAGCCAAGAGCAAAUGUUCCAACCUCACCCUGCGUCAGCAGUAGGCUUUCCCAGCAAUGGCAACGGAUUUUAUUGCGAUUCCAGGAACCCUCUGAUGCGCUUCAUGCCUGUUCCGGUGCGUCACAACGCGAUGAUGUUUCCAUGUCAUCAUCACGUUCAUCCGCAGCAUAGUCAGCCAUUUUAUCCUCGCUCGACUUCGCUGCAACAUACGGCGAUGAUGAGGAGAAAGUCAUUUCCGACCCACGAUCACCAUCAAGUGUUGCCAUCGCUUGAAUUUGGUGGACGACAUCAGAGUUCUUCCGGUUGUGAAAUGACUACCCACAAUGUUCCUCUGUACAUUAUGAACCAACGGAACACGUAUGCAGAAUCCAUUCGACGUUCAAGUGAGGGACCUUCUCAGAUCCUGAAUGCUAUUUCUCGUUGUGGAAGCAACUCUCAGAAUUCAGUGUCAUUACAAACAUCCGUUUUCAUGGAGAAUGCGAGCGUGAAGCCUGCGGUUCCUGAACAAUUUCAAGUUGAUGGAAAGCCCAGAGGAAGGGAGAUUCUGAAAUCGAAUCUUGGCAUCAAUCCUAUCCCCCAUCUGCUUCCAGAGAUCGAUUACUCUCGCAUGGGAACCAGUUGUUUGUUCUUCUGCUUUUUCAUGACAUUUUACCAAGAUGAGCGUCGUAUGCAAAUUGCCAUUGAAUUGUACAAGCGAGGUUGGCGUUAUUAUAUCCCCGAAGGAACGUGGUUCAUUAGCCUCGAUGAAGAGACACCAAUUCGUCGUACCCCGGGGUUCAAAGGCACGCAUGAAACUAAAAACGUUGCGAUUUUCGAUCCGAAUAAUUGGCUGACGUUCAUGUUCCUCAAUUUUCGAGUGGACUUAACGCAAAUUCAAGAUGCUCCGCCUGGGAUUUAUGGAUUGAAUGAUGUGCCUAAAGAAAGCGUAAAGCAGGGCCAAGACGUUGACGACAGAAGCGCCCAAAAAGAGUCCCCAAAUUCCUCCGAGUUCACCCAAAAACUGCGCCAUUUCGUAAGCCAAAUGUUCUUCCACCACCUUGACGCGACUGUCUCCGAUUCCGAUGCGGAUUUUUGCCUUGGUCUCACCACCAGGAUAUGGUUUGCAUUCGUUGUCCGUGGCCCCGAAAGCGCAAUAAGUGACCUGAGCAACAACCGGCAUUGCGACAAAGCGGAAAAACUCGUCCAAAUAAGAUGCAUUAAUUUUCGCCAAAUUGUACAUUUGCGGAGCAGACAC